UGGUUGUGAAAAAUGUUUACAGAAAAAACGGUUUGAAGAUUGAUCGGUUUUCUUUUCUUUCCAAUGUUACUUGAAUGUCUUUUAAUUUAAAUUGUUGAUUGAUUUUUAUGUUAAAUUGUAAUUGUAAUUACGAAUUUGUGUUCCAUCAUGGAUACACUUUCCUUCUCACCGGGAAAUAGUUUAAUUAAACUCGCCAAUAUUGCUGUUGCCGCUGCAGCUCUUCAGUCAGGCUCUUUAUUGGCAACUUCUUCAUCAUCUAAUAAUCUGGACAUUAAAUUGACCACAGCAAUGGUCCAGAGAACAGUGUCCGAAAUUUCUAGUGACUCUAGUCAAUCACUUUCAAGAUCGUCACAAGAUUCUCGCUCCAGCUCUCAAAGUGAUAGUGGCUCGGAAACUCAUCAUCAUCGUUUAUCAUCUAAAUCUAAUAAUACCAGAGGUGAUAACGAUAAUGAUGGCGGUUUAAGUAUCAAAGUAAAACCAGGAAGGAAGAGUAAAUCAGCUCCAGAAGAGGAUCCCCGUCAAAAGAAAGUGAGAUCACUUGAACGUAAUAGAGCUGCAGCAAUGAGAUGCCGAGAAAAGAGGAAAAUGGCAAUCAAAGCAUUGGAAAUGAAUGCUGAUGAAAUGCAGAAAUUAAAUGAUAGAUUACAAGGUGAUGUUGCCAAUUUACGGAGAAAAGUAACUGAAUUAAAAACAGCUCUUUUGGCUCAUAAAGAUUGUCCGGUUACUCUUCAGAUGAGAAAAAAGGAUGACCCAUGUUUCCCAAUUGAGAUUCACUCAUGAUGGUGAUAAUUAUGAAAGAACACACAAUAACCAUGAUAAUACACAGAUUAUCAUGAAACAAUUAAAACCAUCUUACCUUUUUUUUGUACAUUGUUACUUUAUAAUAUGAACUUAAACAAUCAAUGAAAGACACACACAAACAACACCAAAAGGAUAUAAAGAGAAUCGACAAGAAUUGAAAGCAAUUCUUUCAUUUAAUUGGGUUUACUUUUUGGCUUAUUAACUUGAUCUUCACAUUGUUCGUAAUAUUUUGACAACAAUUAACUUUCUAUCUCUUUUAUUAUCCAUCUCUCUGUGUGCUUAUAAAUUGCUAUGUGAUCAAUCAUUCACUUGUAACAACAAUUAACCUUAAGCUCUAAAUUUACGUUUAAUCGUCUACACGAUUAACCAUUAGGCUAUUUCUCUUUCUCCAUUCGUAGCUAAGAUGAAUGCUAUAAUAAAAUGCCUGAAAUGUGUUUGUAA